AUCAAAAAGUACAAAAUCCAACAUUUAAUUUAAAUCCAUUUAUUCAUUCUUUUGAAAAAUCUCCAGUGCCUUAUUUGUUGUUAAUCUUGUGUGUCUAUUAUCUUCAGGUUAUUCUGCUGAAUGAUCCUCUAAUGACCCUUUUUCAGUUUUCUGAUACAGUCUAACAGGGUAUUAUUCAAAAUGUGUAGAUUUGGAAAGAGUCGUGCUUAAAUGAUUUUAAACAAGGAUCCUAGGGUUAUUUUUGAAACAGGCCCACAGCAUAAUAGAUCCUUCACUGUACUUGAGGUACUUUUCUGCAUAUCCUUUGAUUCUUCAAAAUAUCACCUUGGUUUACCAAACAGUUGUUUCACAUUUGUAAUGGUAGGACAGAAGAGACUUUUAUUUCUGGCAUUCUUGCCAGAAAAAAAAUCUAUCAUGUGGAUUAUUUUCAAGACUUGGUUACUCAAAAAAUGUCUCUGAAAGACCUCAUUUUGUAGCUUUCUCCUGACAAUAUUGUUUUCUUUUUACCUCCCUUUCCAUCCUACUCACUGGUGGCUAAUAGAUAACCGUGAUUCAUAUUCAAGUUCAGUAACCAGAUCUUUAAAGAAAGUUUAAUUUUCAUCUUUGAAUUCAUACCCCGGAAAAAGAAAAACUUGUGAACUACUAAUUAAAAUCUCCUAGACAGUCUGAUUAAAAUACAAAAACCUAUCAGAGAAACAAUUCAGUCCCUGAGCGCUGAUGAUUGCCAUAGGUUCAUUUUCAAAGGAAACUUUAGGAGCGAGCUGUGUUUACAGAGAAGUAAUUAAACUAUUUGAUCAUAUCUGAUUCAUGUCUUCUCUUGGAUGACUCAGAUAUUAUUGUAUCACAUUGCAUCUUCUAGUAGGUCUAUCUGAUCAUAUGAGUAAGUACACUCACAGAGCCCCAAGGAAUUGUCUACAUUCUGAUAGUUGUAGCAACAAACAGAGUCCAUCUCAUAUUAGAGCAGAAAGUAAAGACUCAUCAGGGUAAGGUAAAAUAUUUAAUUUGCUGGCUGGGAUAAAUAAAGUCCAAUUAAACCUUAGUUUCUUGACAGUGAAGCCCUUGUUGUCCUCCCUCUCUCCUUUAUCGGUUGUAAAUUUGCCGUCUACUGGAUCUCCCAACCCACCUCAGACUUUUCGCUUUACCCUUUUCCCUGUAGUUGUCUUCUCCUGUCAGAGCUUGGCAAAGAUUGCCUUGUUUGAAAGAGAAUAUGUCUCUUGGACAGGGCCAAACACCAAAUUAGAGUGCUUAGUCUGUGUAUCAUCUUAUGUGUGACACUUGCAGCAGUACAGGUUCCUUUUUCCUGCUCUCCUUUGCCUGGACGGUUGCAAAGUGAUGGUCAGUAUUGGGUCACUGUUUUGCUUACUUUGGGUUAUAUUUUUGUACAUUUUUUCAUGGCUGUAUCCCAUUCUGUCCUUGACAUGAAAGUGUGUGUUCUUUUGUAUGAUGGAUUUAAAAGAGGGCACUGUUAGAUUAGUAGCUGGUUAUGUAUAGAGUGAAUUUCUAGUUCUUAUUUGGACACAUUUAAAAAUAUCAGAAUGUGAAGAAUGUUUGUGGAUUAGUUCAAAACUAUGACUGGAAAAGGUUGUUUUAAUGUUUCAGUGCAAAUCUCACCCACGUCAAUUGAAUGUUCAGGUGGUCAUCGGCUUCUAUUCAGCACUACUUAUGGUGUUUUUCAGUCUCAUCAUAAGUUCCACGCCCCACGCCACGGGCACAUGGGGUUCCUGCCCCACAGGCGCAGCAAGAAGCACAGGGGCAGGGUCUGCACGUGGCCCAAAGACGACCCCAGCCACCCCGUCCACCUCACUGCCUUCCUGGGAUAUAAAGCUGGCAUGACCCACACUCUGAGGGAGGUGCACCACCCUGGCCUAAGUAUGCGCAUAUUAGAAAAACAGUGAAGUUGUUUAGCUUCUAGACACAGAAACGUAGUUAGUACGUGCUAUUCUCUGUUAUUUGAAUGCCAAUAAUUACCAUCUCUCAUAAUUACCAAGGAUUUUAAUCUGAUGAAGAAGUACUGUUCAGUCAUCAGGGUUAUUGUUCACUCUCAGGUGGGCUUAAUUCACCUGCGCCACAGUGUAAUGACACCACUUCAAAAGAAGCAGGCAACAGACAGAACAGCUUGUAAAUCCUUAGCACGUUGGCUCAGGCCACGACACUGAGUCUGAGGAGAUCUGAGGAGUCCAGUUUCAAAUAUCAGUUUAAAAAUAUUUUUUCAGGGUCAAUCCUGACAGCUGAAGCAGAUUAUUUAAAGCUUGGAAAAGUUGUCAGAUCUUAAAAUGGCUUUAUGGAUCCUUUUUUCUGCACAAAGCUGAUAACAACAUGACAUGUUUUUAAAUAUGACUUCUACUAAUCCUAAUUAUAGCUGGUUGAAAGCCAGAUGUCUUUCAUCCCCACUUAAAGGCAACACAAUUGCCCGAUAUUUCAGAGCUUGAUUUACUUGUUGCUCUUUUGUCUUGUCUCUAGAUGCGACUGAGGAAGGCUCAGUCACAUCUAGACUGAGCCUUCAGUCUAGAUGCGACUAGACUGAAGGCUGUAGUCGCAUCUAGACUGAUGCGACUAGAUUCAGUCGCAUCAGAAGAAGAAGAAGAAGGCUCACAUCAUGGAGGUGCAGCUGAAUGGAGGCAGAGCCGCAGAUCAAGUGGACUGGGCCAAGGAGCACUUGGAGAAAGCCGUGCCCAUUUCUGCAGUGUUUUACCAGGAUGAGAUGAUUGAUGUCGUUGGAGUCACCAAAGGUCAUGGCUUCAAAGGAGUUACAAGUCGCUGGCACACGAAGAAGCUUCCCAGAAAGACCCACAAGGGGCUGAGAAAGGUGGCCUGCAUUGGUGCCUGGCAUCCUGCAUGUGUGGCCUUCACUAUAGCUCGGGCCGGGGGCCACUGAAAAAAGAUCCUCUAAAGACCAUGCCGCAACCUCUGUCAAAGGAGGCCUGAAAGAAUGGCUUCUGAUAAUCUACUUGCAGAACAAUAAAUAUAUUUUACUUAUUCACAA